UGAAGCCGUCGAAACUUACGCGGCAUAUGGAGACGCAUCACGUCCACUUGAAGGCCAAACCCGUUGAGUACAUGCAACAGAUGUUGCGUGAUUUCAAAGGACAGCAGGCUACCAUGAGGAAGAGUGCAAAAAUAAAUGAAAACGCACUGAAAGCAUCGUAUCUGGUCGCUCUCAGGGUUGCAAAAAGUAAGAAGCCCCAUACCAUUGCAGAGCAGCUUAUAUUGCCAGCAGCCAUAGAUAUGUGCAGAGCUAUGGUAAGCGAAGAAUGUGCCAACAAAUUAAAAACUAUUCCGUUGUCAGACAACACAAUCGGAAGACGAAUUGGGGAAAUGGCAAAUGAUGUCAAAGACCAGCUGAUGGCAAAACUUCAGACAGUUCUGUUUUCCCUUCAAAUCGACGAGACGACAGAUGUUACUAAUGAUGCGCAACUGUUAACAUUUGUGCGAUACGAGGACAGUGGCACUAUGUGCGAGGAAUUUCUUUUUUGCAAACCACUGCCCGGGCGAACUACCGGUGUAGAAAUAUUUAAAGCACUGGACGAUUUUUUCACGGAGCACAAUAUCUCGUGGCAGAGGUGCGUUGCAUUAUGCAGCGAUGGGGCCCGAGCCAUGAGUGGCAGCAAGACUGGACUGUUUGCGCAUGUAAGGAGGGUGGCUCCGGGGGUAAUUUGGACACACUGCCUGAUUCAUAGAGAGGCUCUCGCCUCCAAAGAUCUCAGUGUUGAGCUCAGUGGUGUGUUUGAUGUCGUUGUCAAGACGGUCAACUUCAUAAAACGAAACGCAUUGAAUACACGCCUGUUUUCAUCCCUAUGCCAUGACUUGGGAAGUGAACACAGCUCUCUCCUUUAUCAUUCAGAGGUGCGUUGGCUGUCUCGCGGCGCUGUGCUCGCCCGUGUGUUUGAACUACGCGGAGCUAUCUACGAGUUCUUGUGCGAGAAGCAUUCUGAUCUGGCUUCCAAUUUCAACGAUAGUUACUGGUUAACUAAGCUGGCGUACUUCACAGAUGUUUUUGCAGAGCUGAACAAGUUGAACAGCUCCAUGCAAGGGAGAGAUGCAAACGUCAUGCAGCUCUACGAGAAGCUCGACGCAUUUGUGAAAAAAAUGUCAAAGUGGAUCGAACGAGUGGAGAGCAAUAACUUGGCGAUGUUUCCUUCAGUUGAGGAAUACCCUGACAGCACUGACAUCAACGACACUAUAUGUGAGCAUUUGAGGAAGCUUGUGCGUCAAUUCGCAAAGUACUUCACUGAUUCGGAAGAGUGGCGCCGUGACAGCAAGUGGAUCCUGCUCCCAUUCAGUGACGAUGCAUCAGUAGGGUCAAGUCUGACGGCUGUGGAAGAGGAUAAGCUGAUUGAGAUGUCCACAGACUCUGUCAGGAGGCAUAUGUACGACACACAGCCCCUUGUUAAAUUCUGGAUAAGUUGCCAGACAGAAUUUCCACAGCUUGCUGCAAAAGCAAUGAGGUGUCUUUUGCCCUUUCCAACCACAUACCUGUGUGAGAGUGGUUUUUCUACACUGGCGUACUUAAAGAAUAAGUACAGGGCUAGGCUUGAUCCAGAGAAUGACAUGAGACUGUCUCUGUCUACCAUUUCGCCACGAAUAGACAGGCUGUGUGGACUUCACCACGCCCAGAUAUCACACUGACAGCAGGUGAUUGGUGACAGGUCUGUCCUGGCUGGGUUAUAAAAGCCCUGACCAGCCAGCAGUUGAGGCUGCCUUGGUCUUCAUUUGUUGGAUUUUGGUUCUCCGGUGUUGUUGGAUUUUUGUUCUCCGUUGUUGUUUUGUCACACACCUAGACUGACUUUGCAUGACAUUUUUAGUUACUUUUCCCAAUACUGAAUUGCACAACACUUUAUUAUUCUUUAUUCUUUCUUUAAAAUAAUCUUUAAUUUAAUUUAAUUUAAUAAAUCUACUUUUAUUAUUAUAAAAUCUGCGUGGCCUCUCUUUCAUGUUUCAUGCAUUGAGCUAUGCAUGUAACACCAAAUACACACGCGCACGCGCAGGCACAUCAGUGGGCCGCGGAUUGCUUUCUAGUCCGAAUGGUGGUCCCUGGGACAAAACCAGUUGAAAACCCCUG